CGUAUAUCCCGAUUUUGAUCGAGGAUAUAUCUCGGUACGCGUCCUUACCCGAUUACGCGGAAAAUUGUAUAAAGAGCGUACAAACGAUCGGUGAGAUUAUACCCACUACCGCGCGAAAUUCUUAUUUACAAAGUAUUUCGUCGGAACUCGAGGUGAGAAUCACCCUUAGUUUAGAGGAGCUUCCUGCACACACUCUCUACUUCAAGGACCACAAGGGAAGGCAUCUGUUUAUAUGGGUAUAAAGAGAAGUAGAGCAAAAGCAUGUUUAUUUAAAUAAAUCUUCUACCUUCCUGCAUAUAUAUUUCAUUAUUGGAUGUUAAGAGCUGGUUUUACUGUAGUAAGAAUAUUAUUUAAUCGAAACAUGAGUAUAUUUACACAAUGCUUGAAUCCUCUCACUGGUGUUGCCUCAUGGGAGGAAAAAGAUCAAUAUUAUGAUUAUCAUCAAGAAGUAGCUAGAUCCGCCUUUGCAGACAUGCUACACGACCAUGAACGAAAUGAGAAGUAUUAUGUUGCUCUCAAAGCUGCUAUUGAAAAGAAACAUCAAGCUGGUGAGGAAGCUAAUGUUCUUGACAUAGGCACUGGGACGGGCUUGUUGUCAAUGAUGGCUGCCAGAUGUGGAGCAGAUACAAUAACGGCAUGUGAGGCUUUCAAACCAAUGGCCAAUUGCGCUGCAAAAAUAAUAAAAGGGAAUGGCUUCGAGGACCGAAUCAAAUUGAUCCAUAAACGUUCUACAAAGAUAACAGUGGGCAAGGAUGGCGAUAUGCCGAAACGUGCGAAUAUUCUAGUCACUGAAGUAUUCGACACCGAGUUAAUUGGCGAAGGGGCAUUAUCAACAUUUCGUCAUGCGCACGAAGUUCUUCUCGAGCAAAACAGCAUAGUUGUGCCACACAGAGGAACGGUAUGGGCCCAAGUGGUUGAGAGUUCCAAAGUCUGCGCUUGGAACCGAGUGAAGCCUAUUAAGAACGGAGAGAUGUUGAUUGACGCUCCACCGACUAUCCAAGCAUGCUCCGGUGCUGCGGCUGUGCACGAUAUGCAACUGUCGCGUCUUCCUCGCGAUACUUUUGUGCCUUUACUGCCGGCACAGCCUAUCUUCAGGUUUGACUGGUCCGGUAAGGAACCUCUAUUGAACAAUGAAAAGGUAUCGUUGCUUACACAACCACUAACAAGUGGGACUGCACAUGCAAUUUUUAUGUGGUGGGACUUGAAUAUGGAUACAGAUAAUCAGGUGUUAUUGAGUUGCGCACCUGUAUGGGAGCAUCCGAGCAUACCUGAUGAUAUGAAAAAAGAUGCUUCGUGUUUGCAACAAAUGGCAGAUUCGAUACCUUGGAGGGAUCAUUGGAUGCAAGCUGUCUAUUAUCUUCCAGAAGAAAUAUCCAUUACGUAUGGCACUGAGGUCAACCUUAUCGGUUAUCACGAUGAAUAUUCUUUCUGGUUUAAAUUAUUGAAUGGACCUAUAGAUGAGAUUCCCGAUUGUCAGAGACCCGAGUGUAAUUGCUGGGCACAUAUCGCGUACUCGCGGACGCGUAUCGGACAAUUAAACGACACAAUUCGCAAUCAGAGAUAUCUACAGGCCUUACGGAAGAAGAUCACUCCGAACAGCGUUUGUCUUUGCGUUUCGGACGGUUGCUUGUUAGCUCUCGCAGUUGCGAGAUUAGGCGCAAAGGUGUUUCUCUUGGAACAAAAUUUUCUGUCGCGUAGAACCAUGGAGAUGUUUGUACAGGCGAAUGGGCUCUUCGAUCGUGUAAAAAUCAUUGAGUCAGUCGAUGGUCUGCCGGAGGCGAGCGAAAUUGAUUUCAUCUUUGGCGAGCCGUACUUUCUGAGCUCCAUCGUACCUUGGGAGAAUCUACGAUUUUGGUAUCUCGCCUCCCAAUAUCCAUCAAGUAUCGCAAGGAUGCCGGUCACGGCGACGAUCAGGGCCGCCGCUGUUGAAUUCAAGGAUUUGCAAAAAAUAAGAGCCCCUCUUGGCACCUGUGAAGGCUUCGAUCUCUCAUCCUUUGACAGACUUAUUCAAAUGUCUAGUGAGAAGACUGAUAAUCCUGUUGAAGCGCAACCACUUUGGGAGUAUCCUUGCAAAGCAUUAUCUUCAUCUUUUGACAUCAUAAAGCUUGAUUUAACGCGAAACGUGAAUUUCGACGAGCGUAAGAGAAUAACAGGAGAGAUUCCGAUUUUAGACAGCGGCACUUGUAAUGGCGUCGCUAUAUGGGUGGAUUGGCAAUUGGACUCGGAUUUAUCAAUAUCUUGUGGUCCAAUUGAAGAAAUAGUGCCUGGCAAGCGUGUAACCUGGGAUCCAUAUACGAGGCAAGGUGUACACUUGUUUCGCAAAGUAUCCAAUGUUACGAAAGAAAGCACACUUUCGUGGUCUUUUAUUUUCGUCCCACAAAAUGGCGAAGUAGAGUUUGAGUUUAAUAUAUUAACGAACGAUUGAUUGUAUCAAUAAACAGUUUGUUUGUGUUUAUUUAAAAAUAUGUUAAUGUUGAUUUUUUUUUGUAUCGUAGAAUGUUUCAAAUAUUAAGCAAUAAAAUUAUGAAAACAAAAUUACGAUACGAAAAAUGAUACCAAAAUUAUACUUUUAUAUAGAAAUAUAUUUUAAGGAAUCUUUCUAUUUCAGAGACUCGUAAAAAGAAAUGAUAUCUUUUUCUUUUUAAAUUUUUUUAAAUUAUAAUAUUUGAAGAAUGUGUCUUCUAAAUUUUAUUUAAAUUCGCGAAAUUGAUUAAGUUACAAGAUAAAAAGAGCAAUUUCGUGAUCCUAAAAUGGCUGUCCGACGGUAAAUGCUUAGAAAAGGAUACACAAUUAUUGUGUAAGAAACCGAGAAAAAGAAAAUGAAAGAGGUAAUCAAUUUAUUAAAGAAGAGAUCUUUUGCCAGUCAAUAUCCUGAUAACACAGAAAAGUUUCUGCAACGUUGCAGGGAUUUAACAUUGAAACCAUUACGUUAAGUAAUGUCUGAAACUUCUCUACAAUGCAGCAAUGCUAAAAAUGUUUGCUUCAGUGUGCAAGAAACGUUUCUGAAAUAUUAAAGAAAUUAUUCUGUAAGGUUGCUGCAAUAUCCUCUCUGAUUUCAUUUGCAACAUAUUUGUUUUACGCUUAAAGAUGUACAAUAUUUAUAAUUAACAUAUAACUUAUUCUGUAUUUUUACAUGUUAAUUAUAAAUGUACAUCUUUUAAGACGGGUGUAUUAAUCUAUCUCUUUGACGUUAAGAAUUUAUACAAGACUUCUGUACACGUGCUGAUGUGUACCAUCCCAGUGAACACUUCAGUAACGAUAUGCGUACGCAUUUAUUGAGAGAUUUCGUAAAAUUUACAUUUGUGUAACGUUGCAAAAUACUAUAUUGUAAGAAUUAAAACUUCAUAUAUAAGGUUUUAAUAUAAAAUAGUUGCAGAAAUAUUGCAACAAAAAUGUUCCAACGAACUAACGAAAAAUGGCAAUACCGAUCGUAAAGUAGUUCUUAGUGCUCAAUAAUUUUUUAAAUAAAUUUACAAACAUUACAAGAUUUCCAAACUGCGCGCCGAAUGUUUUUAAUGUACUUAAAACACAGUUUUUUUAGAAUUCCGAGUGUAAUAUCACGAAAUUAAUUGCUUAAUUUAAUUAUUUUUUUACUUGUACGCAUCUCUACUAUUCCUCCCUAGUCCUAAAAUGUUUCAAAAAGAAUGGUCUCAGAAACAUUACAAAUGUAAUGAUACACAAUUGAGAUGUUGAAAAGUCCCUGCAACAUAAUUGAAACUUUCUGUGCUAUCAGGGUAGUGUGUUCGACAAUUUUAUCAAUCAGCGUCCUCUUGAUAUCAGUGAAGAAAUCAUUUAAUCUAUCUACGAAAAUUUAUCGAAGAAAAAGAAUACUCAAAAUAACGAAAAUUUUAAUGCCACUAAGUAAUUAGCUAAUUGCUCCGAAGCAUAUUUAUCGCGCAUCAAAAAUCGUUGACAUAGUAACAUUUAAAAUAAUAUAUAUAUAUAUAUAUAUAUAUAUAUAUAUAUAUAUAUACAUAUACACAUAUAUAAAUAAUAGAGAGCCAAUCGCUUGCGAAUAGCUUGUCUUGAGCGGCUGUUAAGCUUGCAGAAAGUAUUUUUUAUUGCAUAAGACUCUUAAUAGAAUGACUAAUUUAUAAUUUUUUACGACAAUGUUUUAUAACUUGAAUCUUAAAUUUUUGUCUUUAAUAAUACACAAUAACUGUUUUGUGUCUCAAGUCUUCGUUCAAAAACUACCACUUUUUAGCAAAGGGAUCUUAUAUUGGCAAGUGAUUUUACAGCACAAUACUCGAUCACAUACCGCAAAAGGAAUGAAGGAUGUCAUCUGUGGAUUAGGCUGAGAAAAUCUCCCUGCGGUUUAUUCAUUAGAUCUAAUCCCGUCGGAUUAUCACUUAUUUCGAUCGCUCCACAUCAUCUAGCUGAUAAAAAUAGUUGAUCAACUAUCAAAUCAAAAUUAUUAGUUUUUUUUCGCGGGAACAUUCGUCAACUGCCCGAUAAAUGGAGUAAAAUCAACGAAAAUAAUGAAAAUUAUUUUGAACAUUUAACUUGUACUUGACUUUUUGUGAAUAAACUUUGAGUUUUAUGAAAAA